AUGAGAAUCAUCAUUGUCGGAGCUGGCCUAGGUGGCCUCACUGCGGCAUUGUGCUUCGCUCGUAAUGGUCACAAAGUUCAAGUCCUCGAGCAGCGCCCGGAUCCAACCCCUGCCGGUGGAGCUAUCAAUAUUCGGCCGGGAGCCACGAGGCUUCUUCAAAACUGGGGCUUGACGGAACGGUUGGAUCAGAUCUGCGACAUCACGACUGCCAAUGCUCUUCGAAGCCUGAGAACUGGCAAAAUCGCUACUCGCGCUAUUGCAACCGAUGUCUCUGACUCUCAAGACCUCGGGACAAACCGGGACAUACUGAUGUCCCUUCUGCACGAGAAAGCCGUUGAAGCCGGCGCCGUUAUCUUGUUCAAUACCACGGUGGCCCGGGUCUCAGAGACCUCUCAAGAAGCUCAAGUCUGGCUUGGGGGCGGGGCAGUCCUACAAGCUGAUCUGGUUCUGGCAACCGAUGGAGUCAAAUCUAGCAUCCGCAAACAAGCCCUCCGGGGAUGUACCGGGCCGACCAAGCCAGAAGUCAGCGACGUGACACUCUAUGGCAUCCGGCUGACCAGGGACCAAAUGAUUGGCGAGCCCGUUUUGGCACCUCUUAUGAAUAACUCUUAUAUAAACGUGUACAUGGGCGAAAACGGCGUGGUGCACGUGACGAGUCGAUACAAUCACAAGCUCAACAUAUACCAAGCGUUGUUCUCCAUCAAGGGCGAGACAGACCAGAAAGGACUGUGGGAUGAGGAGGGCGACAUAGAAUAUGUUCGCGGAUUCUUCCGAGACUCCUGCAACGAGAUUGUGAGAGUGCUUGAGAUAGCCGAUGCUUGUGACAGAUGGAAGCUGGCGGAGCUCCCGGAUCUCCCUCGCUGGGAUAGCAAAAAUGGACGAAUCCUGUUACUUGGCGAUUCUGCGGGGUACUCGCUGAUCGUGGAAGAUAUCGGUGUCCUCGACUACCUCCUAUCGAACACCCCGGACGCCAACGACAACAUCAAGGUAAUCAGCGAGGACUGGCAGAACUUGAGGAAGUCGAGAUGCGAACGUAUCAAAGCAUGGGCAAAAUACAACAUAGAAAUUUUCGCAAGGCCACCACCGCAAAUCAAAUCAUCAGAGUCCGGUACAUGGCAAUACCGAUCUCUGAAGGACACAAAGCCGGAUAUGAAUGCUCGGUUCGGCACAGCUCCGUUCCUGAAAUGGGCACAGGGCAUCGACGCUAUUGAGGAGGUCUGUUCCCUUGCCAAUACCAUAGCAGUUUCACGUCGCUGA